AUGAGCAUACGACAUACAUGGCCAGUGAUUAUUGUCAGGACGGCGAUAAUCAUACCAGUAUUUGUCAUUGGUUGUUUAGCAAUAGUAUUAACGCAAUUGGUGGGUCUAUUCAUAUUCAAAAACAAUCCAUCUUCCAAACAAGCAGUCAUCAAUGAAACCAAGACCCAUUUUGUCAUAUUACUUGCUGGUCUUACUUCAAUUAUAAACCCAUGUAAAUUUGCCAUCACAAUAGAUACAAAUUCAGUUCCUCAUGGUUCAUCAUUCAAUGUUGAUUCGAGUAACCACAUUCAUACUUUGCUUCAACCAAAUUCCGUCAUUAUUUCUAAUCACCAAAUUUAUACUGAUUGGUUGUUUCUUUGGUUUUUGACGUAUACUUCACAUUUAAGUAAUGCCGUCUACAUUAUUCUUAAAGAUUUAUCCAAGAUCCCCAUUUUAGGGUACGGUAUGAAGAAUUACAAUUUCCUUUUCCUUUCAAGAAAAUGGGAACAUGAUAAAGUUGUAUUGACUAAUCAAUUGUUGGAGAUUGAUGCUAACGCCAGAGGACAUGGGCCUGCAAAUGGGUAUAGACUCUUGUCAUCCACUGACAAAGAAGUCAAGAAAUGGCCUCAGGGAGUUGAUAACUCCAAGAUUUGGCCAUACGAACUUAUAUUGUUUCCUGAGGGAACGGUGCCCUCCGAUAGAACCACCAAAAAGUCAGCUGAAUAUAUCGCAUCAAAAGGUUUGCCACCAUUAAAACAUGUUUUGUUGCCUCGUAUCAGAGGUUUAUACUUGGCAUUACAGAAAUUGCGCAAUACAGUCGAAGUGGUGUAUGAUGUAACAACGGCAUAUUCAGGUUUGAAAGAAGAUGAGUAUGGAGAAUUGGUCUUUUCGUUGAAGAAAUUUUAUUUAAAGGGUCAUGGACCACCAGUGGUUAAUUAUUUUAUCAAGGGUUAUAAGUUAAAAGACAUACCAUUGGGUAAAGAAGAACUAGAUUCCACUGUUGAAGCUAGUGAUGAAGAUUUACAAAAAUUUGAAGAUUGGUUAUUGAAGAUUUGGUAUGAGAAGGAUCAAUUGAUGGAUAAUUUUUACAAAACUGGUAAAUGGGGUAUAAAAGAUGAUACACAAACGAAAUUGAUUGUUGGUGAUUUCAAAUUAAAGAAUCACUUUGAAUUUUUGAAACCGUUUAUUGUAUUGCUUACUGUGUUGUUGUUGAGCUAUACUUUUUUAUCCUUGGGUUACACCUUGACAUUUGGACGUAAAUAA